AUGGCUUUCUUCCCCACAACCCAAUCCGAAGUCCAAGCAUGGCUUCAAAGGUUCCACUCGGUGAACGAUUCACUCGAUACGUCUAAGAUUGCAGACAUAUACGCGAAGGAUGCAAAAGUGCAGUUCGGCAACAUGCCCGUGAUAGAAGGGCUGGACGGACUGAGGAACUUCUUCGGUCGCUCCUGGGUGACAUUAGAGUCAAUGCAUCAUGAGAUCGAGAGUUUCGAUAUGAUAGAGAAUAGGAUCUAUCAAUCAUGCCAUAUAACAUGGCAGGUGAAAAACGAUCCGGAGAAAGAGAAGGUUGUAGUUCCAGCUAUGGCAGUCAUCCACUUGGUGAAAUCCGGUGAGGAAAAGGGCUUGAUUAAUCGUGCCGCAUACUAUAUGGAUGGGUCUCCCUUGAAAGCAGUAUAUCAGAGAUUGUCGUAG